CAACUCCCUCCUGCCACGCAGGGUGAUGUGAGCAGAGCCCAGGAAUGCCUUAUGUGGAUCGGCAGAACCGAAUCUGUGGGUUUCUGGACAUCGAGGAAAAUGAGAACAGUGGCAAGUUUCUGCGGAGGUACUUUAUUCUGGACACCCAGGCCAACUGCCUUCUCUGGUACAUGGACAACCCCCAGAACCUGGCAGUUGGGGCAGGAGCAGUUGGAUCUUUGCAGCUGACCUACAUCUCGAAGGUGAGCGUAGCUACCCCAAAGCAGAAACCAAAAACUCCAUUUUGCUUUGUUAUCAAUGCCCUGUCUCAGAGAUAUUUUCUUCAAGCCAAUGACCAGAAAGAUCUGAAGGAUUGGGUUGAAGCCCUGAACCAAGCCAGCAAGAUCACGGUACCCAAAGUUGGGAGCCUACCUCCAGCUACCGAAGUUCUCAAAAGCCUGGCUCCUGCUCCAGCCCUAGAGAAGAAGCCACAGGUGGCCUACAAGACCGAGAUCAUUGGAGGGGUGGUGGUGCACACGCCCAUUAACCAGAAUGGCGGGGAUGGGCAGGAAGGGAGUGAGCUGGGGCCCCAUGCCAUCCUUCGAAGGUCCCAGAGUUACAUCCCCAUGUCAGGCUGCCGUGCAUCCACCGGACCUCCCCUCAUCAAGAGUGGCUACUGUGUGAAGCAGGGGAAUGUGCGGAAGAGCUGGAAACGUCGCUUCUUUGCACUCGAUGACUUUACCCUCUGCUACUUCAAGUGUGAGCAGGAUCGAGAGCCUCUGCGUACUAUAUUGCUCAAAGAUGUUCUCAAGACCCAUGAGUGUCUGGUCAAGUCUGGUGAUCUGUUAAUGAGGGACAACCUGUUUGAAAUAAUAACAAGCUCCAGGACCUUCUACAUACAGGCAGACAGUCCAGAAGACAUGCACAGCUGGAUCAAGGAGAUUGGGGCAGCUGUCCAAGCACUCAAGUGCCACCCCAGAGAAAUGUCCUUUUCUAGAUCCAUUUCUUUGACUCGACCUGGAAGCUCCAGCCUGUCAGGUGGGCCCAACUCUGCUUUGUGCAGAGGGCGGCUACCUGUGGAGGAAAAGAAAGCCCUCUGCAAAGUCCCCUCUGUGGCCUCCUCCUGGCAACCCUGGACACCUGUCCCCCAGGCUGGGGAAAAGCUGCUUCCUGCUGAAGAGACUCCGGAGGACUCUCUGUUUGCACCUCGACUUGGGGAGAGCAAUGCUGCUGGCGUGUUGCAGAGCUCCCGGAUAAGGCACAAAUCAGAGCCCCAGCACCCCAAGGAGAAACCAUUUAUGUUCAACCUUGAUGACGAAAACAUACGGACCUCUGAUGUGUGAUGAAGCUUAGUGACAUGGGAGGGAGGGAGGGUGGACUCGAGAGAAGGAGGCCAUGACUCAGUUUCUGUGUCUUAUUGGAGGAUAGUCGGAGACUUUUUAUGACACAUUCCUGUGGAUGCUCUGUGGGAGGGGCCCAUCCAGCUGGCUUUUUUUUUUUUUUUUUUUUUUAUAAUAUCAAUGCAAUGUAUUUAAUUUGGGAUAAUCACUAGGUUAGACCUGUAAGCAUAUUCAGUGGAGAGCAGGUUGCCUCUUGUUUAACUAUUCCAGGGUCUUCCUCUUGAGGGGUUCUUUUAGCAGCUCCUCACCAGAGGAGGUUGGGAGUCUAGUUUCACCCCUACGUUUUAUUUCCCUGUCCUUGUUUUAGUUUCUUCAUUCUGUUUUCAGUCCAGACUCUGAGGACAGUCAUCUGGUUUUACCCUAUUCCUGUUCAUUGGCUGAUGUUUGUGAAGUGGGAGGGUGGUAACCGACCCAGCUGAAAGGAGGUCGGGGUGGUGGAAGAUGCAGGCUCCAGCUUGGCUUGGGUGCAUUCUGAGAGGUGGUGGUAGCGUCUGGAGGCUGGAGAGCAGCCCUCAGAAUGUCUGCCAGGGCAGAUGCCCUCAGGAGACCUCAUAGGGGAAGAGAUAGGGACUUCUUGUAAGGUAUGGGGAAUAACUCAACUCCAGUGCAUCAGCCAGUUUUGGAAAUUACUCUGUUCUCCUAGAUGUUUUGACUCCAAAUACUGUAGAUGUGGAUGACAGACCUACCUAACCCAUUCCUGUGUUAGGCCCCAAGGGUGGAUUUAUCAUUGUUAAAUGUUAGGACUGUAGAGAACAGAACAGACAUUUCCCUUGAUAUGGCAUUAUUUGGACCAUGUGGAGGGUUGAUGUGUGUAUGAUAAUUCACAUGUGUGAUAGGUUGAUCUCUGUUGCAGAGUUUUAGAUUAGCUAUAAAGCAGCUCUUGGGAAGAGGUGGAUUUAUAGUUCAUGCUGCUCAGCUUUUUUGAUCUAUGUUUUCCAGACAAGAGAAAGGUUAUGUUUUGACAAAGAUAGAUUGUCUUGAGUCCUUGCCUCACAGCUCUUUUUGAAUGGGCCAACAAGAGUCUAAUUUUAAGUGCUGUGUAUUGUAGAUUCUAGCAGAUUUGCUUUCUUUUUAUUCUUUAUAUUGCCUUUUGAAUGAAGCCCUGUGUGCUUGCAUGACUAAACCCAUGGUCUGAUGGAGUUCCAUGUACUUAACAGUGAAAAGAUAUAAAGA